GCGCAUGCAAAUUGAAACUUGGUUUGAUCCGGCCCCAGCCUCCUCCAUCGAUUUCGCGCUUUUACCCGAAAGCGGUGGGCAAGCAGUAAAAUCGGGAGCGCCAACAUCAAUCUCCGCCCCAAGAGGCCAAAGGUGAAACAAUAGCGUUGUUUCCACUCUUGGUCAUUCCUCGUCCGUUUCUAUUCUCCCCUUUUACCAUUUCACGACCCCCAAACCUCUUUGUGGCAGAGUUCGACCUAUCACCAUGGUCGCGGCCUCGAUGCACGCUCUCUGUUCUUCGAAUCUGCCCAAAAGGUUUCGGCAUUCUGCCUGAAUUCAAGCUCUAUUGAAUCGCUUUAAUCUCGUACGCCAUGGAAAUGGCUUCCAGUCCUCGAACUGUAGAAGAGAUCUUCAAGGAUUACAGCGGUAGACGAGCUGGCCUUGUUCGUGCCUUAACCUAUGAUGUUGAUGAUUUUUAUGGCCUCUGUGAUCCAGAUAAGGAGAACCUGUGUCUGUAUGGACACCCAAAUGAAACUUGGGAAGUUACUCUUCCGGCAGAGGAAGUUCCACCAGAACUUCCUGAACCUGCACUUGGGAUUAAUUUUGCAAGGGAUGGUAUGAACCGUAGGGACUGGCUGUCUCUGGUUGCUGUGCACAGUGAUUCAUGGUUGCUUUCUGUUGCUUUUUAUCUUGGUGCUCGCCUUAACCGCAAUGAAAGAAAGCGUCUGUUUAGCUUGAUCAACGAUCUGCCCACUGUCUUUGAGGUUGUCACAGAAAGGAAGCCUGUGAAAGACAAGCCCACCAUGGAUAGUGGAAGUAAAUCCCGUGCUAGUACAAAGAGAUCAAGUGAUGGACAAGUUAAAGGCAACCCGAGACUUGCAGAUGAAAGUUACGAGGAAGAUGAAGAUGAACAUAGUGAAACCCUUUGUGGAAGCUGCGGUGGAAACUACAACGCUGAUGAGUUUUGGAUUGGUUGCGACAUUUGUGAGAAGUGGUUCCAUGGAAAGUGUGUGAAGAUUACCCCAGCAAAGGCUGAGAGUAUUAAGCAGUACAAAUGCCCAUCUUGCAGCUUGAAGAGGGGUAGACAGCCGUAGUCACUGAAACCAAUAGAGGCAGAUUUAACAGGGUUGUUUUGGUGAACUGACAAAAAUUAGUAUAGCAAUUUAACAUUUUAAAGCUUGUGAUAGGUUUGGAUUUGUAAUAUUUGUCUAUUACAGAUGCACUGUCAAAAGGGUUGAAAUCUGUUUUCUUGCCCUCAAAACCCAUGGACCCUGCAAUUUUUUUUUUUUUUCCUUCCAGUUUAUGGCAUGCUUGAAUAACAUUUGCUUGGUAGAA